AGUAUCUAUACACCUUGGGCAUUCUAAAACUCCCCAAGAAAAACAAAACGCAUGUGUAUAGUAACCAUCGGUAAGAAGAAAUAUUCAUGUUGAAGACGUGAUGUGCGGAACGUUUUGUGUUAAUUUCGAUGUUUAAAUGCUUGUUUGCUUCAUUUAAACUGUGUCCUAAAGUUGGCUGCUUUGUCAGACGUGCAUCCCAUACAAACAAGCAUCUUCGGUGAAUCGUCGCUGCAAGUUGGUGCAAAGCUAGGUGGGAACAAAUAAUGCUGAUUUGGCGUCGGAAAUAGUGGUGUAAUAUGAUGAAUCGACACGGUGCCUCGAAUUCCAACCGACCGGUGGAGCAGGGACAACUGUUUUCCGCCAUGAUGUCCGACAUUGGCCCGAACCAGGGUGCGUUCGUACCGGGUAGCAAUGCGUUCUCCCUGUCCCACUACCAGAACAUGCCUAACGAUCAGGUUGACUGGGCCGCCCUGGCCCAGCAGUGGAUCAAGAUGCGUGAAACCUGGAUGCAGCCAAUGUCCACCAUGAUUCCAUCGCCGCCACCACCGCCAUCGUUCGAUCGGGAUACAUUUGAUGGUGCGGCUGGAAGCAAUGCGCCUCCCAGGAACCGAAUCAUUGCGGGGGUUGAAUUCGAAGAGCAGGGUGAAGCCCCGAUGGAGGUAGAGCGUGAAGAUGAUGGCGAUAUACCGGUUCCACCGACACCACCAAAAAUCACCAACGAUUGCCAGCCGGCCGACGAGACGUGGCGAACCUGGUCGUGGCCAAUGUCGAUGGGCAGCACGUCGACGCUUGGCAACCAACAUGCGCCACAAGCGCUUCCAAACAAUCAAAAGCUUACCGACACUCAGCAAAGGUCCGGCACCGGUCCGCCGGCAUCAGCUGCCGCUGCCAUUGCGCUGUGGCAGGCGAAAAACAGCCAUCUCUUCCCGGUCGCCUAUCCCAAAGAUUCCGCGACGAUGCCGCGUGAACAGACGGCGGCAAACCGACGCACGUUCAGCACGCAACCGACGAAACCAUCCCGGUUGCCCGGGUUGAUGGAUCGCGAGAUAAAGAUAAGCGCGUCAUCUUCCGCCGAUGUGCACCGUAUCGAUGCGAAGGAAAAUGUUAGCGGUGGUGGUGGUGCUGGUUCUGCCACAAUCAAUGAGGAAAAGCGUAUGAUGCUUCCUGCCUGGAUACGCGAAGGUUUAGAAAAGAUGGAACGGGAAAAGCAGCAAAAGUUAAAACGCGAGCAAGAACACCGUCAGCGGGAAGAGAAACUAUCCAGCCAGCAAAAUCUACACUCCUUGUCGCCAUCGCCUAGUCGAGAGGAGCUGACCCUACCAUUAAGUGCACCGCUAGAGCAGGAAGAAUCGCAACCGAAGCAAGAGAAGGUGGCAUUAAAUGAGCAGAACAUUGAACAGAUUACAAAGAAAAUAUUGACUGAAGUUUUUAUGGAAACAACUAAUGAAGUAUUACUUGGCAUCGCCCAAGAGGAGCAGAGCAAGGUGCAGAAGCGAAAAGCUAAACAAGCUGCCACAUCUAAUGUUGGACGUGCGACGUAUACCAGAGGACUUGGCCUCGGUAUAUACGGCGACAGUGAUGAGGAUGAGGACGAAGAAGAAGAUCAGAUGACGAACGACAUUAGCAAAGGUUCGAACAGUGUCAACGUUACAUCCGAUUUGGAAAGUGCGAACAAUUCGGAUGACGAUGUAUCCGACACGGAAGCGAUGCGUAAAAUGAUGGAAAAAAUACUUGUCCGGCAGCAGAAUUUCAAAUCCACUGCAGCGCAAAUCGAAAAAUGGCUGGGCGAGGUGUCGGAAUAUACGCCACAUAAUGCCGAAUUGCAGACGGAACCGUUGUCGUCGGAUGAGGGUUCGUAUGAGGGGCAGCACGGUCAGCGAAGCGAUGACGCUGAUUCCGAUCCAGCGCGUGAGGGGCGGACAGAAUCUCCACGCCACGGCAAGGCAGGUACCGGUAACGGAUUCGGUACGUCACUGUUUACGCCUUUCGGCAGCACAGCCCAACAGUCGGACCAAACGAAUCGGGCUAGCGGUAGUCAGGAAAAUGUGGUACGUAAGCGACGUGAAAAACGUGUGUCGCGCUUCAGUGAUCCACGCGAUACGGUGCGUACGACACACAUUACGCAUGUUUCGAUUGUAUCACCGUCAGCAGAAACGGCGUGUCCCAGCAAGGCGCUAGAACAGCAGCCUGCUGCAAAGAAUGUAGCUACCGUUGGUGGGAGUACUGUACGCCCGAAAUACCCAGCACAGGAGAGUAAGCCACGCCAGACGGCGGCCCAACAGUCCUAUAACGCGUACUUGAGCAUACCAUCGGGUCAACCAUACCAAACGAUCUACAGCAUUACGCCCGGUCCGAAGGGAACCGGCUGCCCGAAGGCACUGAGCGAACUGGUCAAAAGCAACCCGCCAUCGAACAGCGACGGUGGCAAAAAAUCCCUCGGGGAGGAAAGUGAUAGCGGUAGCUACCGCCGGAAGUAUCGCGACCGUUCCCGGUCACGCUCAUCGCACGGUUCACGCACGAGCGCUUCCCGGUCCGGUUCGUUCGAUUCCCGUUCGUCCCGGUCCACCCAGUCACCGAACAGUCACUAUUCACGCUCGGGCCAACGGAGGCGCUCCUCGUCCAAACGAUCGCGCCACGAUCGGGACCGUUCGCCGCUCGAUCGCCAUUCACCGUCGUCCUACUCAUCAUCGCGCCGUCACCGCCGUGACAGUGGCAACUCAUCCCGCUCCCGUUCACGGUCCUCGUCGAAAUAUUCUUCCCGGCGGCGGUUUUAAGCGCUUGCGCCACAACAACAAAAAAAACAGCCUGUUCUAGUGGCAUUUUAGUUAUUUGAAAUGUACUAUCGGUGAAUACACGGUGGUCGGCGACACGGGGGGGUUUCCAUUAUGCGGAACGGGCAAGUAAUUUAUGGAACACCCUGUUCUCCGAGCAGCCUUGCAUAAUUCACCGAGAGUCAAAUCAGUGUGAUAAAUUAGGGAAAGUAUGUAUAAAGAAAACACAACACAGAUACACUUAUAUACACACACACACAACACCAACAACAACACGCUACAAUUUCACCUACCUGAACACCAAUAUUCAUCCCCCCAACAAUCCUCUCCCGCAGCCCCCUCCUCCCAGACACACAAAAGUAGUGAUGGGUAAAUUGGACAAAAAAAACGGAAUCGCUUCCGAAUGACUGCAUAAAUAUUGGAAGCGGCUCAGGCAGGUAAGUGCAAUACUCCGA